CACUUGCUGCCUUCCCAUUAAAGUCUCCCUCUUCCUCUCUUCACUUCUCUCUAUGUACAGUACACCCACCAAGCUAUAUAUAAAUCCAAUCCUUGCUAAUCUCUCUCUCUCUCUCUUGUAUAUAUAUAUAUAUAGUUCUAGAUCUUUGAAGCCCUCAUCAGAGAUCUUGGUUUCAGAAAUGGCUCCACUCAUGUACUUGAGUUUCAGAAAGGUACUUUUGCUUUCUCUUGUUAUUGUGUUCCUCUUUUCUACUCUUCUCCUUUCUGCCUACUCAGAGCCUCAAUUUGAGAGCUCAUCAGAUUCUCUUGGUGCAAGGAAAAUGUUUGAGCUAGAAAAAGUUCAAAACCAGCCUAGGAAAAUCAAGCCUACCAAUUCCCUUUCCUCCAAAAACCAAACCAAGCUAAUCAAGCCCACCUUGUCUUCCUCCAAGAACCAGACCAAGCUGAUCAAAUCUAGCCUAUCCUCCAAAAACCAAACCAAGCUCCUCAAACCCAACCUCUCCUCCAAGAACCAAACCAAGCUUAUCAAAUCCAGUUCCAAUUCCACCAAGACAUCCUCAUCCCUCACCAAGAAUAUUGAGCUCAAAAAGCUCAAUUCCACAUCAAAAUCCUCCAACUCUGUCAAACCCAAUUCAAUUUCUAGUAAGAAAAUCUCAGAUCUAACCAAACCAAGCACUCCCAAGAACAAAACAACCAAACCCACCACCACCACAAAACAAUCCCAAAACCCACCAAAAACAGAGAAGAAACCCACCCAACAAAAACCCAAAAAGCCAAUUGAGCCCAGCUGGAUUGAUCAAGAAGAUGACACUGAUUUUGUCUCAGAUUUCACUGAUUUGCCUGGAAAAUUCCAGAAAACCUUGAUUCCAGAUUUAGAGAGAAUCUCAACCACUUCAAAGAUUUAUCUCAACAAAGCCAACAAGCAAAUGACAAACCAGUUCAAGCCCAUUGUUGGCAACAAAUAUGCUGCCACAAUUGCCUCCAUAGUCUCCUGUGCCUUCCUCUUGAUCCCUCUGCUCUUAGUCUCUCUCCUCUUCAACCGCAUCAAAGCCUAUUUCUCUCUCCAGAAGCUCUUGAUCUUCAUUCAAGUCUACCUCUCCAUCUACUUCUCCAUCCUCUGCCUCUCCUCCCUCGUCACUGGGCUCGAGCCCCUCAAGUUUUUCUACGCCACUUCGCAGUCCACCUACGUUUGCCUACAGGUGCUGCAGACGCUCGGCUACGUGCUGUAUCUGUUGCUACUUUUGAUGUAUUUGAUCCUGGUUUUCUCGACGGAUUCUGGGCUGGGCUCGAAAAUGUUGGGCCUGGGCCAGACCUUCGUGGGCUUUUCUGUUGGGCUUCAUUACUAUAUGUCGGUGUUUCACAGAGCCGUGCUGAGGCAGCCUCCCAAGACCAACUGGAAGGUGCAUGGGAUUUACGCCACGUGUUAUCUUGUAAUUUGCCUGUUUGCUACAGCUGAGAGGAGGAAGAAGGCUUACUUGGAAGAGGGGGGUGAAGAGGGCAAGAAGAGCUAAUUUUGUUGAAUAAAAAUUAGUGGGUUAAAAACCAGUCAAAUUCUUGGUAUACAAAGUGAAAAAUCACCUCCUAUUUUCACCUCUCUUUUAUUAUAGUAGUUUUUUGUUUUUAUUUUUUUAGAUUUAGGAAGAAUUUAUUAUUUAUCCUGCCAUAAGCUCUGGUGGCAUGUAAUACCAUUGGCCAAGAACCCUGGUGUUAUGAAAUAAAUUAUGCAAUUGGGACAAACUUGUCA